AUGCCAGCUAUGCUCUGGCAGUACUUGCUCCUCACGGCCCUCUUCUGGACGAGCGCACCCCUAGUCGCUCUCUUUGGCGAGCGGCUAAUGAAGCAAUUUCUCGCCGAGUCUACAAGCCGUCUCGACAAUUUGAUAUUUGCCUUGUGUCCGCUAGGCAUAUUGACUGCUGUAGUCUCCGUCAUCCGGAUUUGCGGGAAUCCGUCUCUUCGAGCUUUUGUGGGCAGGGCCAAUGAAGCACCGGGAGAGGCGGAGAAUGAGCUGCUAUCUUGCGUGUCUGAGGGCUUGGCAGAGUUGUUCAACGAUGGCGGCAUUUCCAGAGUAUCUGGCAGGCCCAGGAUUUUGGAAGUGGUUGUAUGGGAAGAACAAGGCUCAUACGCGCUUGGGACUCUUCGCGAUGCCCUUAAAGCAGGAGCUUGGUACGCGGAUGGCGAGGGAGUUCAUGCUGGGAAAGAGCUCCUACAGCUUCCUGAACUGGAUAUACCGAAUCUGUCACUAAAUAAGGGCAUUGACCGGAGAGGGCCUUGGUGGUUCUACGCAGCUGCUCUUUUGGGGAUCAUUUUACAGGGAGGAACUUUGGCAUAUGCGGCACUAACAGUUUUUUGGUCGUCUGGUAUUUUUGGAAACGACGAUGAUUCCGCCACAAACUAUGCUUUGCCAUUCUACAUCUACGGGUCGGUUUCACUCAGCUUAGGCAUGUUUCUAAGUGCCUUCUUGAUAGAACGCUCAUCUAGUGAGACUUACUUACACCCAAACAAACCAAGUAAGCUUUACUGGUUACAACCGGGCCGACAGAGUAUUGGAGAUCAGGACUUCGGGGCCUUCCUUGCUGUUGAAGAAGGCCCGAAUUCAUCAACCUCCCAAGACUUGAUAUAUAUAAAAUCCGUCCGCGGCCCUCCUCCAAAGGGCAAAAGAUCUCUGCUUGUCUUCACUAUAUCCGUCACUAUGGUGGGAUUUGUGUUGCAAUUCGUGGGUCUUCGUGGCCUACACCCGUCCGUUAUAAUCGCAGACGUUGGAUCGACGCUUGUCAUGGCAGUGGCGCGCACAUGUCUGAGAACUAAACGGCUUGGUUCAGACGGGAACCAGUUUCGCAUAGACGAUCGAGAACUCUUUUCCCUGAAUGAGCAAGAAUUGGAUUGUUUUGCAUAUCACCUGGAAAGGGUCAAAUCCUUCCAACUGAUGUCAACCCCCGUACAUGCAUCUGUGCGGUCUGGAUCAUGUGCAACGAGUAGCUCAUCACAAGUGUCGAAUCAGCCAUCUGGACUUGGAGAGAAAUUGAUACGCACUAGAGCUAGGUUAACAGAGCUCACUUCUUGCGGCCGCCAUCCUAGUAUGGACUGGGAUGAUCUCCCAAUACGAAGAGUGGCUAAAAACCUUGCGAGAACUAUCGAAUUGACAAUGGAGGUGGUGUCAGGAUGGAAAGAGUCGCCUCUCAGUUCAUGCAGUUUUGAACUUUUCUUCGCCUGCCACCCUAAGGAUAGCAAGUCCCGCGGCUCCCUGGAAACAUAUAAUAUCAUGCUUGAACGAUCAAAUGAUACAUUUCAAUGGAAAGUCGACGCAAACGAGCUGGAGGCAAUUCUAGGGCUAUGGACAUUCUGGCUCUUGAAGUACGAUGCGAAGUGGUCGCAGAAUGGCCUUGGACGAGUAGUGGGAUUGACUAAAGAAGAGGCCAAAGCUGAAACAACAGAUCUAUACUUCCACAAGUGGAUUUUCCGACAGAGGGAGGCAAUGAUGGUAUCAUCAAAGAUGAUGUCCUUUCCAGGGCAGACUUUCGGUUACUUUUCCGAUGAUUACCCGGAUAGCAAGGAGAUUCUUGUCGUAAGAACAGAAAACAGCCUGGGAGUCAUGGCCGCACAAGAGAUAUAUAUACAGUUUCUCAUGGGUAUUCUCGCAGGGACCAAAAUUCUCGGGGGCAGCGUGGAUAUCAUUCCAAUCUCCCAGUCUAGUUUCCUAUCCCAGAGUACCUGCCUAGACGAACUCGUGGCCUGUUUUGGAACCGGGGAUCUGGGUUCAAGAGAGGAUGCUUUGCUGUGUAUAGUGCCAGUGCUCAAACAUCGCGGCAUUCUGCCCGAGCUUACUGGGGAUACAAACAGCGUACGAGAGCGCAUUCAGAAGUUCACCUCUGACGGCGACUGGGACGCUGCGUUCUCCAUGCUUCAAUGGCUCUGUCAACGAUCUGAAGGAAACGAAUUCGACCGCGCUGUGUACGAGUUGGGGCUUCUCUGCCAGCGAGCUAUGCUUAUCAAUAUCGCAAGCGUCCGAGAUAGAGGCUUUGAAACUGCUAAAUCUCUCCUCCAGUGCGAUGCCAGAUUCAUCUUUUUCAGGAACCUUGGAAGCGCCCGCCGCCCAGACUGGAUGAACUCACCAGCUCAAAAGAACUGGUGGACUGAAUUUUCCAGUCAGCUCGGUUGGGUGACAUGGCAUAUUGCCAAUAAUAACACUCACCUACAUCCAGUAAAACCUCUCCUGGAGAACAUGGGUUUCUCAAAGGACUCACUUUUCCGAGCAAACGACAACCCUGAUGCCACAGAACAAGCAAACGCGAAUACCGCGCAACUUACUUUUCUGAAGUGGACCAUUCCCAAAUUCAAUGCUGGACGUCAGGGAGUCGAUGUCGAAUAUGAGGGUGAAAACUGCAUAGAAAUUUGUUUGUCCUGGAUCAUCAAAAAUGCACAGCACGCCCUUCUCCACUGGGUCCUAGCCCGUUGGGUAGAGGUCGGUCUAAAUUGUCCACAUUUAAUCAUGAAAGCAUUUGUGUAUGCCGCCAAGAGUCAGUCGGAUCCGGCAAUCCAGAUUCUUCGUCGCCGCGGUGCAGACAUCAAUAUACCAGGUGAUCAAGCAUGUACAGCUUUACUUGAACUUGUUGAAACCGGGAAUAGAGAAUCGGUCAAGAAGCUACUCGCCAACGGAGCUGAUGUGAACGCUUUUGUUGAAGGUACGAACCCUCCUCUAAAUCUGGCUGCUGGCCAGGGGGAUGAGGCAAUGACACUUUUGCUCCUCGAGUGGGGAGCAGAUCUGGAUAUUCGAGAUGCCGGAGGCUUUACAGCUUUGCGCACAGCUUGCGAAUUCAACCAGUUCAAGACCGCUACUUUACUCCUCGAAAGAGGUGCGGAUAUUGAUAGCAAAGCUGGUGGUGGAUACACCCCUCUUGCCUCGGCUGCAGUAAAAGGCAAUCUACCGAUGGUUGAAUUCCUCCUGGAUAAGGGAGCAGAUGCCGAAAUCACAGAUGACGACGGGAAUACAGUGCUGAUGCUGGCGGUUUAUGAACCCUCCGGUGCCGUCGUGCGCUUUCUGAUCGACCGGAAAGUGGAUAUCAGCAAGAGAGACAACUCUGGACGGACAGCACUUGACCUUGCAAGAAGAAUAGAGUCAAGAACAAUUAUAGCCAUGUUAGAAGCCGCCUAG